CGUGGCUGGCCGCCUCUGCCACUGCCGCCGCGGGCUACGUCGACAACUUCUACGUCUUCGGCCGCGACCCGGCGCUGGUCGCGCGACGCCGCGAUGACGUGUCCGCCGUGCUGCGGGACUGGGGGCAGGGCCGCUGGCCGUCGAUCAAGCGGCGCAAUCUGCGGCGGCUCAGGGCGGCGCUGGACACAGUGUUGCGCCGCGGCCGCUGUUCGAGCAAGAUACUGGAGGUCCUGAUCGGCCGCGUGACUUGGGCCUGCUUGAUUCGGCGCGAGCUGUUGUGCGCGCUGAACGCCGUGUGCCCGUGCAGGGGCGCUGGCCUGUCCACCGCCUCGCGCAUCUGGCCUUCGGUGCGCCAGGAGUUGCGCCUGGUGCGCUCACUGCUGCCCCUCCCCCAGAAGGACCCGAGCAGCCCCUGGCAUGAUGUCGCCGGGGUGAGCGACGCAUUCGAGUUCGGAGUCGGCGUCGCCGCGCGGGCCGCGCAGCCGGACGUCGCGGCGCAGCGCGGCCGCCCGAGCGAGAGGCGGCGGCGUCGCGUGGCGGGCGCGGAAAAAGCCAGACAGGGAGCCUUCCAGCUCCCGCCUCUGCCAUCUUACAAAUCCAAUGCAGCUUCGCUGCCUGCGGACCUGCGCGGCCUGGACGUCGAGGGGCUCGAGUCGUUCAUCAGGGCGCGCCCGAGGGAGUUCAUGGAGGUCCCCCCGGAGUUUUUCGAGGGGCCCCGCUGUGCGCCGGUCAUCGCGUCGCGGGUCGUAGCGCCCGACAACAUCCUGGCCCUGGAUGGGGGGCGCGAGCAUCUUGGGGAUCAAGCACAUUCUGAGGUGGCGAGAGCGCGGAGGGCCUCACGCGGCCUGUCGGUGCUGGAGCGGACGGCGGUCAGGCCGGGCACGGAGCGCCUCUAUCAGGUGCACUUCCGGGCUUUUCUACAGUUCUGCCUCGCGACGUCGACCGACUGGGCGGGCGAGGCGGGGACGGGCGCGGCCCUGGUGGCUUACCUGAACUCGCUUUACCUCGAGGGCUGGGUCCCCGACGAGGGCUCGGCGCCGCUGGCGGCGCUGGCGCCCUGCACGCUGGCCCUGCACAAGAGGGCGGCUCAGGCGCCGCCGCGGGCCACGCGGCGCGCGGUGGGCUGGCGCCGGCGGGUGCCCGCGCGGAUGCGGCUGCCGCUUCCGCGCCGCGCCGCCAUCGCCAUCGCGGGGGCGCUGGCGGCCUGGGGGCAGCCGCGCAUGGGCCUGUUCGUGAUGAUGUCGUUCGCGGCCUACCUCCAACCGCAGGAGGCCUCCCGGCUCGCGGGCCGCCGCCCGGUGCCGCUUGUGGCCCACCUCGGCCAGGCGCCGACUCCCUGGGGGCUGCUGCUGCACGACUCCGACCUCCAGCUCCCCAGGAAGACCGACCUCUGGGACGAGAGCGUGCUCGUGGACUGGGCCCCCUGGUUGGAGCCCGCGCUGGAGGCGCUCAGGGUAGUGGCGGGAGAUGGCCUGCCAUGGGACUUCCAGCUUAUGUCGAUUGAUCGGCUCUCU